AGCUGUACCCAGCAACUUACUCUAUUUUCCGUCAUUAGCCUGUUGUGUAACGAACGGUUUCCACUCGGACCGCUACGUCUUAAAACUCUUCAUGGCUCUUUUUGGAGGUAAUAGGCUUUUCCCUCGUCUUGCAAGCGCCACCCGCUUGCCGACAUUUCUUUCAGUACCAACUGCGAGGUUUUCGUUCAAAGUUUCAGGAAAGAAAUUUAGGUGGAUCCAAUGGGGCACAUUAGUCACAUUUGCCGGGUUGACUGCUGGUGGUGUGUUAUAUGCUUCCAAAGAUUUGGCUCAAGAGAAGAAAAACGUUGAUCGAUCGUACGGACAACCAUCUAUCGGGGGUGAUUUCAAUUUGGUAGACCACAAUGGGAAACGUUGCAAUUUGAACUCAUUCCGCGGCAAGUGGAUUCUGAUGUAUUUUGGCUUCUGCCGGUGUCCGGAUAUUUGCCCUGAACAGUUACAAAGGCUGGUUGAAAUCGGAGACCGAAUCGCGCUCACUGGUCAUCAAAAGCGGCCUCUCAUCCCUGUUUUUGUCACUGUGGAUUACGAACGUGACACACCUGAUGUCGUCGCGGCGUAUGUCAAAGAAUUCUCUCCGUAUUUGGUCGGGUUGACGGGAUCCAAGGAGGAAAUUGACAGCUUGGCAAAACUUUAUCGCAUCUACUACAGCGCUGGCCCCAAGGAUGAAGAAGGUGAUUAUAUAAACAUCGAUUAUCUUGGAGUUCAAGUGAGUGGUCUUAGUGUGGAAGAAGGGCUGAAAUCCUAUUACCCGACUAGCGAAAGGUUGGCGUUACUGUCUGAAGUUACUCUGCUUUUCUGGCAUGUGCUAACGGUCUAA